AUGUUUCAGGCGGUGUUGUGGGGUUUGCUCAUCUUCUCUCUUAGCCUUCUCGUCUUCUCCUCCAAGUUCAGCCACGUCGCCGCUAACCACUACCCCGUCCGCCUCCCGGUCGUCGGCCACCUCUAUCUGCUUAUCCGUCACCGGUACCUGCACCAUGCUCUGGCCUGCCUCAGCGACUGCUAUGGCCCCUCCCCGCUCCUCCUCUACUUCGGCUCGCGCCGCACCCUCGUUGUCUCCUCAUCCGCCGCCGUCCGAAAGUGUUUUACCUACCUCGACCUCAAUUUCACCAACCGCCCCAUGCUCCUCCCCUGCAUCCACUUAAAUUACAACUGCACAACCAUGAUCACCCUCCCCUACGGCCCCGAGUGGAUCAACCUCCGCCGUUUCGCCGCACUCCACAUCUUCUCCGCCGCCCACCUACAGGCCUUCAGCCAGCUCCUCUCCAACAGACUCUGCGUCCUCCUCCGGAGCCUCUUUCGCGGCGGUGGCGAAGGCGAAGGGUUCCAGCAGGUGGAUUGGAGGUGGAGGAUGAAGGAGGUGGUAUUGGACUCUUUGAUGGAAAUGAUAAUUGGGAGGAGGCAGAAGGGCGAGGGGAAUGAGUUAGUGAGGAUGAUAGACGAAGCGUUCCAAAUGAGCGCGGUGGUGAGCCCGGAGGAGUUACUGCCGUGGCUGAGUUGGAUGGGGGCGAGGCGGCAGAUGCAGAGGUUGGAGAAGGAGUUGGACGCCCAGCUGCAGGGGAUGGUGGAUGAGAAACGCGGAGAGCGAGCGGCGGAAGGGGAUCGAAAGCAGAGCAUGAUGGACACGAUGCUUGACGAUCCACACUAUACUGACACAACCAUCAAAGCAAUGGUGCAGACCAUGCUUUUAGCCGGAACUGACACGACCACCACGACCUUGGAAUGGGCAAUGGCGCUGCUCCUCAACCACCCCAACCUCCUCCAGAAGCUGCACGGCGAAAUCGAAGCCCACGUCGGCCACGGCCGUCUCGUGGACCCCUCCGACCUCCCGAGCCUCCGCUGCGUCACCAACGUCAUCAAGGAGACCCUGCGGCUGCACCCUCCGGCGCCGCUGCUGGUGCCAAGGGAGUCCGUGGCGGACUGCGAGGUGGGCGGCGUCGCCUUGCCGCGUGGCACGAUGCUGAUCGUGAACGCGCACAAGCUGCACCGGGACCCGGAGCUGUGGGAGGAGCCGAUGCAGUUCAAGCCGGAGCGGUUCGAGAGGGAGGGGGAAGGGAAGGGGCACAAGUACGUGCCGUUCGGAUGCGGGAGGCGGCGCUGCCCGGGGGAAGCCAUGGCGUUGAGUUCCAUCGGGCUGGUGCUGGCGUCGCUGGUGCAGGGCUUCGAGUGGAAGAGGGUCGGGGAGGAAGAGGUGGAUCUGACAGAAGCGCCGGGUUUUACCGUACCAUUGGGCACUCCGUUGCUGGCCCUGUGCAAGCCACGCGACGCCAUGGUCGAUCUCUUGGCACAAUUAUAAUCUCUCUAGGACAGUCCGGUCCAUGAAAUUUCUACUAUACAGAGUCUUGAGAAGGAUUUGAGGCAA